CGUUGGUUUGCCGUCCUUUAAAACAACUUAAAGCGCCAUGGCCGAGUCUCAGCUCCAAAAACUCAAAUAUGGCGACGAGCUGAUGGAGGCAGCCGAGCAGAUCGCGCGCGGCAAGACGGGACGACCGCCAGCUGCUGUCCGCAUCUACUUUGAGGAGACGGGCAAGAUGAAGAAUGCAUCCACGACCCUCCUCUUGUGCAAGUUCUGUCACAAGGAGAUCGCCGGUCGCGCCAUCUCCCUCGAAGGCCACUUGAAGAAGUGUCCGAACGCACCCGAGGAAGCGCGGCCGCCGAAAGGAGCCAAGAAAGAGAAAGUGCCGCGUUCGGCGUCCGACAUGGCAUUCGGCGGGGGCCAUGGGAAUGGUAAUGGGGGUGUCAAAGGCGAACACAAACACUCGAUGAAGAAACUGUGCACCGUCACGACGUCCAUGGAGGGUAAGUUCCGCAACCUCCUCGUGCCCAAGCUGGCGGCGAUUCAGUCGCUCCAUUUGAUGCUGCGUGACAAGCGAAGCUCACAUUUGCAGUUCAAGCACCACGCCGACCGACUCAUGCGGAUCAUGGCCGAGGAAGCGUUGGCCGUGUGCGCCGUGGAAUUCGCAACGGUGUGGACUCCCAACGGCAUGGAAUACUCUGGCAUGCGACCGAACAACAAUCUCUGCGCGGUUUCGAUCCAGCGAUCGGGCGACUGUUUGCUGGAACAGGUGUUGCAAUGCGAUCCGUCCGUGUCUGUCGGUAAACUGCUCAUCCAACGCGACGAAACCUCUGCGGAAAAGACCCCCAUCUUGUUCUAUUCCAAGUUGCCGCCGCGACUCCCAACGUUUGACCGCGUGUUGCUUCUCGACCCCAUGUUGGCUACGGGAGGCAGCGCCAUGAUGGCCAUCCAGUUGCUCCGGAACGCCGGGGUCGACGAAGCCAACAUCGUGCUGGUCAACGUCGUGUCGUGUCCUGUCGGCCUCUCGUACAUCUUCGACACGUUUCCGUCCAUCAAGAUCCUCACGUCUGCCAUCGACCCCGACCUGAACGCCAACAAGUCGGUGCUGCCAGGCCUUGGUAGUUUUGGUGACCGCUACUACAACACGACCAACUAACUGGCUCGUACACAUUCGAGUAUAUAUAUAUAUAUAUAUAUAUAUAUAACUAUGGCCGCCGUGAA